UGGGCAGCGUCGGCCCCCGGCCGCAGCGAGGCCCCCGGCAGAUGUGCUGAUGUCUGCUCCUUGCAAAGACCUGACCCACCUGAGGUUGGCAGAUGCACAGAUGUGACCGUGAAUCACCAGUAAAAGAAUGAGCGAGAGGGAUUUACAGAGCCUGAGCAAAUGGGUUUUCGUGCUCAGCCUGUGCCUUACCACGCUGUGGGGACGACUGACGCUGGCCUCCACGCAUCACCACAGAAGCCAUUCAGUGCACGUGGAGCCCGGCACGUGCGAGGUCAUCGCCGCCCACCGCUGCUGCAACAGGAACAAGAUCGAGGAGCGCUCCCAGACGGUGAAAUGCUCCUGUUUCCCAGGGCAGGUGGCAGGGACAACACGGGCAGCUCCCUCCUGCGUGGACGCCUCCAUCGUGCUGCAGAAGUGGUGGUGCCAGAUGGAGCCGUGUCUGGAUGGGGAGGAAUGCAAAGUGCUGCCUGACCUCUCGGGAUGGAGCUGCAGCAGUGGCAACAAAGUGAAGACAACCAAGGUCACUCGGUAGCCUCCGUGGCUGAGCAGCCUUGCCGUGGGUCCCGGUGCUCCCGUGAGCAGCAGGAGGUGGCCCAGUGCCUGCAGAGGUGGGGUGCUCCAGGG